AUGGCUUCAAAUGCGGCAAAUCUUGUUGAAUUUUUCAGUUUGGUUGGUCAAUUAAAGAGAGUAAAGCGAACAGGAUGGGUGAGGAACCACAUUACAGACCCAGAAAGUGUAGCAGGUCACAUGUAUCGAAUGGCUGUGAUGGCGUUAUUUAUCUCCCCUGACACAGCCGUUAAUAGAGACAGGUGUAUAAAGAUGUGUCUGGUUCACGAUAUGGCAGAAUGUAUAGUAGGGGACAUAACUCCAUUUGACGGUAUCACUAAAGAAGAAAAGAAUAAAAGAGAAGAGACAGCCAUUCAUUAUAUUUGUGGUCUGAUUCCAGAGAAAAUUGGUCAGGAAAUACUUUUCUUAUGGCAGGAGUAUGAAUCAGGGACUACACCAGAAGCUAUAUUUGUAAAAGACCUAGAUAAAUACGAUAUGAUCCAACAAGCUCAUGAAUAUGAACAGAUAGAAAAUAAACCUAAUAGUCUACAAGAAUUCUUUUCAACAACUCAGGGUCAGUUUAAAACAGAACAAGUUCAAUCUUGGGUUAAAAGUUUACAAGAUAUUAGAAGUAACGCUGUCUCAAAAUCAGAAGACAAUACUACGUAG